AUGGCUCAUGCAAACCAUUAUAAUGCAAAUGAUCCCUUGUUACGGAAUUGGGAUUUUGCUUAUUACAAAGAGGUAUUUAACGAAAGUGAAGAAUCUAGUAUUCCACCUGGCUGCCAAUACUGGCAACAUUUUGAGUACUUUGUUGCACAAUUUCGCUCUCUAAAAUCGUAUGUCUAUGAAGAUGGACAACAAGUUGAUCUCUGUACUAUCCAUGAUGGCGCAAAGCAUAACUUCAAAAAUUCCAUUAUUUACAAUCGAAAUCUUACAUUAACACAUUCAAUUGGGAGGGUCAGCACCAAUUCUGGAGAUUAUAACCAAGAUACAAAAAUUUUGUGUCAGGCUGAAGAAAUUGACAUUGCAGAAGCGAAACAUAUUGUGAUCAACGCACCUAGUGCUAAAUAUUCUGAUAGUUUUUGUCCAAUAAAGAUGGUAAAUACUGGUCAGUUGCGAAUGGAAACACACCAAUGCAAAUUGUUAAAAGAUAGCAUUUCUCAACAAAAAUUCCACGAUGAAUAUAAAAAAGCCACAAGUCAAGGAGAUACUAUUAUUUUAUAUACAUCAACAUCUUGCAAGGGACUUGAGCUUCAGAACUCAAUGUCUGCUAUUAUUAGCAAAGAAAAUUGGAAAGAAUAUUUUGAACCUUUUGCUGGGCGGUGCUAUAAUUAUGCCAUGGGACCACCAGAUAUUAAUAAAGCGACCUAUACUCAGCUGACUGGGAUUGAGAAAAUUGGAAAAGAACGUGCUAUUACUGUCAUUAAAGAGCGAAAAAGACUCAAAUUCUCUGAUAAAGAAGAUUGUAAUACGAGAACCAAAAUUCCGCGUCAAGACCUUGAUCCCUUUUUUCAGGAUAAUAAGUAA